CUGAGGAAGGAGAGGUGAGGCCUCAAAAAACCCAGGGGUGAGUAGGGAGAUCCCGGCCCCCACAACUGGGGCAACUCUGGCUCUCAGAAUCCCACGCCCAUUCCUGCGCACGUGGGCGGAGCCCCGCCAUCUUUUUCCUACGCCCCUCCCAGAACGUCCAGAGCCCUGGAAGGAGCUGGAGGAAAUUGCUGGAAGACUUCAGAGACUCGCAGGAACAUGGAACAGCUAAAGGACAGGGAUGGGUCCGAGGGGAACGAGCUACACGCACCAUCACCCGGGACUGAAGCACGGCCCCCUGUGCCCAUUCCCGCCCUGCCACCUUGGCUCCUGGGAACCCCAGACCCUACCCACCUGGGGCUGCCUGAGCACCUAGCCUCUGUAACUGUCCCUAUCCGCCUGGAUACCCUUUCAUACCUCUUGCACAGUGCUCUGAUGGGGGCCUACAGCCUCCAACAGUCUUUGCCUUCCUGUCCCUGCUCCACCCAGACAUGCCACAGUCAGUUAGGCACAACCACCAGGCCACCCAGAGGACGUGGAUGGGGACGUGGGGGCUGGGAAGGUCAGCGCAGGCCUGCCAGGGGCCUGGGCCGGCCAAGAUGGGGUCCUGGGAGAGAUGAGCAGUCAGAGAGGGGUAGGGUGGGGAACCAUGGGGCUUGGCCUAAGACCCCAGCAAUGACACCACAGGCCCAGGAUGGAAAGAAGGAAACCAGAGAUCUGGAGCCUGCCCCAAACCCGGCACCUGCUGCCGAGAACUGGGAGACAGAGUACUAA